AUGGGUUUGCAGCUGCCGGAUGAAUAUGGCUACGUUGUGCUUGCACAUUGUUUGUCUUGGAUUUCCAAUUUCUACCUCACUUUCAAUGUAGUGAGGGCGCGAAAGCAGUACAACGUCCAGUACCCUGCUUUGUACGCACCAGACAAUCACUCAAAUGCCGAGAAGUUCAACAGUGUUCAGCGAGCGCAUCAGAACACCUUAGAAAGCUGGGCUCCUGUGCAAGUCCUGAUGGCUUUCAACGGCAUCCUGUAUCCUCGCUUUGCCGCUGGUUGUGGAAUGAUUUGGGCAACUGCUCGAAUCAUCUAUGGAUAUGGUUACGCCAAGAACGGACCAACUGGCCGCAUGGUGGGUGCGCUGUUGUCGCACGUCGGAGACUUCCCUUUGCUUAUUGGCGGCUUUGUGACAGCGUACAACUUGAUCAAAAAGCAACCCUGA